AUGUCUCCAGCAUUUCCCCCAGUGGAGUCUUCCGCCCAGGGCCAUGAAAGCCCCAGUGAUGAACCGAUCGUUGCCUUUUCACAAGCGCAAAUCAAAGAGGCUACACAGCGCGAGCACGACAUGUCCAUUCCAACUGCAAUCCGACUCUAUUCAAAAGCAGUCUCAUGGUCCAUUGUUCUCUCAACAGCGGUGAUAAUGGAGGGAUACGACCUCUUGCUAAUUUUCUCGUUUUUCGCCUUCGAGCCCUGGACGAAGAAAUACGGCCAAUUGCAACCGGACGGAACCUACGCCUUAUCCGCAGCCUGGCAAUCGGGACUCAACAACGGCGCAUCCGUCGGCGAAAUCAUCGGUCUGCUAUUAAACGGAUUCGUGGCAGAGAGAUUUGGAUACCGCAAAACCAUGAUCGGCGCUCUAUUCCUGACCAUCCUUUUCAUCUUCAUCCCAUUUUUUGCGCCGAAUGUCGAGGUGUUACAGGUUGGGUUGAUCUUGAUGGGCAUUCCAUGGGGUAUUUUCCAGAUCCUCCCUGUCUCCUAUGCAUCUGAAGUCUGUCCUGUGGCUCUUCGGGGCCAUCUUACGGCCUACAUCAAUCUCUGCUGGGUCAUUGGUCAGCUUAUUUCCUCUGGUGUUCUGCGAUCGCUGCUUCACCGGACGGACCAGUGGUCUUACCGGAUUCCAUACGCUCUACAGUGGAUGUGGCCUGUUCCCUUGAUCGUCGCAAUCGCAUUCGCGCCUGAAUCGCCGUGGUGGUAUAUUCGACGUGGUGAUAAGAAGGGGGCCAAGUCUGCUCUGCGAUCACUCACGGCCCGCAAGAGAGACGAUGCGGUCGAUCUAGACGCGGCCGUAGAAGUCAUGGCCUAUACCAACCAACUCGAACAAAAAGUCGUCAAAGGCGCAAGUUAUAUCGACUGCUUCAAGGGCCACAAUCUUCGCCGAACGGAAAUCUGCUGCUUCACUUCCAUUACCUCGAUCUUCUCCGGAACAACACUGAUGGGAAACUCGACCUACUUCUUCGAGCAGGCCGGCAUGGACCCGUCAAACGCAUUCGACCUCACAAUGGCCCAGUACGCCGUCGGCAUCGUCGGCAUCGUACUAGCCUGGUUAAUAAUGGCACGUUUCGGCCGCAGACAGCAGUAUCUCUCGGGCCUCUUUCUGCAAUUCAUUUUCCUGAUCGGCAUCGGAAUCACCGGCGUCGUUGACCGCAGCAAUAAAAAAGUUUCUUGGGCAACGGGCGCCCUGUUGAUCGCCUUUUCGCUCGUCUACCAGUCCAGCGUCGGCCCGCUUUGCUACUCGAUCAUAUCCGAGAUGUCCUCUGUCAGACUUCGCGCCAAGACAACCAGUCUAGCCUGGAAUGUCUAUAAUAUUUUCAAAAUCAUCAACGGCGUUUUAACGCCCUAUAUGAUUAACCCGACAGCAUGGAACUGGCAAGCGAAAGCCGGCUUCUUCUGGGGUGGUCUUUGUCUGCUUUCUUUUAUCUGGGCGUUUUUCCGACUACCCGAAACGAAAGCGAGAACGUAUGCUGAGCUUGAUAUCCUGUUCGAGCGGAACGUGGGCGCUCGGAAGUUUGCGAUCACCUCCGUCGACCUUUUCUCUCGCAAGGUACAUGAGUCUCAGGAGGAACUCCAAGAAACGGGUGAAACCGGCAAUGACCCAAGCCAUUUUUCGCAAAGUGAGCGCGGAAAUAAAGGGUUGGUUGGGAUCACACAGUCGGUAAUAUAA